AUGGGCGACGACAGCAUCAGCGCGGCAGAGGCCGCCGUGCCCUCCAACCCGGCCUUUAACCUCACCAAGCUCGACAAUUGGAUCCUAAACCAGACGGACGAGACCUUCCAGAUGCACGACUGGGAGGACCUCAAGAGGAUCAUCGGUAGGCCCAUGCCCUCCCAGGUCCGCGUGAACAGCAACAAACGGCUGACCCUGACAACAGAAUCCAACCGGCUGGAAGACUUCCGGCGCACACCCACGGAGCUCCGCCGGUACCUCGAGUGGACCGCCGGCAUCAAGGAGCAGUACGGCUCCAUCACCGAGUACCUCAUGACGCGGCGUCUGCCGCGCGCCUGGGGCCGCCCGCCGUUCACGCCCGAGUCGGUCGUGCCGCUGGCCGCCGCCUCGGACUACGCGAUCCUGCUCAACGACUGGCCGUACGCGCUGGCGCCGGGCAUCACCCACGUCAUCGUCUGGACGCGCACGCGCAUCCCCGCCGACGACGACAAGGGGGAUCUGCUGCCAGAGAGUAGGCGAAUCAUUGGCGAGUUCGUGAAGCGCACGUUUGUGGACGAGCUGGGGCCCGGGGGUGAGGAUCGGGUGCUGUGGUUCAAGAACUGGGUGGCGCUGCAGAGUGUGCGCGCGCUGGAGCACUUUCACGUCCUGGUCAGGGACGUCGAUCACGACACGUUGGAGAGGUGGACGGGCGAGCGGCCCAAGACGAAGAGACCCUGGGAGGAGUAA